AGAGAGAGUGAGAACACACACACACGCACUGAGGUGACGUCAAACCGGAGCGCAGCUCGCUCGCGCCGCCGUGCCUCUCACUGACCAGCAUCACACUCUUCAAAUCUGGUCCACGCGGGUGUUGCUGCUGCUGCACGCCCUUUUAACCACCGAGGAGGAGAGGGAGACGAAGAAAGAGAGAGAAAACCGGGAGGACGGCUCACCGGAGGAGGAGGAAGUGGAGGAGGAGGAGGAGGAAGGAGGCUCCGCUCUCAUCCUCGCGCGCAGUACGGGGGGCAUAACGGGCAUUAUUUACUGGAUGGAGACGUGCCUGGCCGCACCGCGCGGUCUCCUCAUAGAGAAAAUCCUGUAGGAUUGUGCGGGAGUACGGCAGUGUGGUUUACCUCUCUCCUCCCCGUUUGACAGAUGUUGCAUCCAAGCGCGAGUUCCCCCGCGUUGAUGGAGACGCACAAGAAGGGCUGAUCCGUGUUACGGGGCUCGCGCACUCGACAUUGAUGCUGUUGCAGAGCCUCAUGCGCAACAACAACUUGGCGAUUUUUUAAUUUUCUCUGGGUCGUAGACGACUUAGCCUUUAAGAUUCCGAUCUGGUGGAUUUUUUCCUUUUGUUUUGGCUUUUCUCUGGUGAUGACCUUUCCGGAUUUGUUUGGUUUUUUGUGGUUUCUUGUAUGAAUGUUACUGAACAUUGGAUUUAGCUGGGCUUUUUGUUGUUGUUUUACUAUAAGCGCAUGCAGACGCAGAGCAAGAAAAGAAUGGCAAAGUAAUCGGAUCCAGUUGUGCCAACAACGCACGAGCCGCUAUUGAGGUUCUAUCAAAGAUCAAUUGCGUGCCGUGUACGAACCCAAUCCCCGCCUUGUUUAUCACGGAUCCCGGUUCUUUGUGACGCCCCGACACCCUGAUGGUUCAGAGUAUUGGCGCACAGUGGCUCGAGCUCCUGCUUGGGCACGCCAACUGGUGAUUUUUAGCCUUAGCAAGGAGUACUGUGGUGAUGCCCAUCAUAAUGAUGCUCGACCUGGAAUAUUCUUUACUGCUCCAGUAGGAUUUAUGCACAGUUUCUCCAGUGGAUCAAUUUGCUUGACAAUGACCUCCAAAAGCGCUUUACUCCGUGCCGUUCUCGCCACAACCCAAGAGAAAAGCACGCGCCCCCGGUUCAAUGCGCACGAGAGGACGUCGUCUCCCCAAAAUCGCUGAUCUAACUGACGGCCGGGAGGGGAGGGAAACAAACAAACCGAAACAAACGAUCUCACAAGCAAACAGCGACAGCAACAAGCGGCGAUGGAGCUGUCCGAGGUCCGGUGCUCCAGCGCGAGCGAGGAGCUUUACACCAUCAACAAGACCCCGAGCAGCAGCAACAACAGUAACAGCAGCGGCAGCGCGCGACCCAAACGGCUGCUGUGGCAGAACGCGGUGCGGCACAUCACCGAGCAGCGUUUCAUUCACGAGCAGGGCGGGGGAGGCGGAGGAGGGGUGAAAGGCAUCGGGCCGGACGAGCCCUUCGACCCGAGUCAGGGCGCACGGAAGCACUCAGCGGGUCGGACGUCGGUUGGAGACCGGCACAACAACGGCGGGACUAAAGUGUUCCCGGAGCGCGCCAGCAGCGACCUGGGCUUCUUGCAGAUCGACUGCGCUCCCAGCAACUCGGACUUCUUCUUGAACUGGGGCUACACGUACCGGGGCGUCAUCUUCCCCACCCUGCGGAACGCCUUCAAGUCUCGCGACCUCGAGCGGCUGUACCAGCGUUACUUUCUGGGACAGAGGCGCAAGUCGGUGGUGGUGAUGAACAUCCUGGACGUGAUGACCAAGCUCACCCUGCUCGUGCUGCACCUCACCCUGUCCUCUUCCCCGAUGGACCCGAUCAAGGGGACGCUCCUGGGCUUCUUCACCGGCAUCGAAGUUGUUAUUUGUGCCUUAGUGGUGGUGCGGAAGGACACCACGUCGCACAGUUACCUGCAGUACAGCGGCGUGGUUACCUGGGUGGCCAUGGCCACGCAGAUCCUGGCGGCCGGACUGGGCUACGGGCUGCUGGGGGACGGGGUGGGAUACGUUCUCUUUACCCUGUUCGCCACCUACAGCAUGCUGCCGCUGCCGCUCACCUGGGCCAUCCUGGCCGGCCUGUUCACGUCGGGGCUUCACAUCCUGGUCCAGCUGCUCAUUUCUCAGAACAUGCAGCUCUCUACCAACCAAGUAGUGGCUCAGGCUGUGCUGUUCAUGUGCAUGAACACUGCUGGGAUAUUCAUCAGUUACCUGUCUGACCGGGCUCAGCGACAGGCCUUCCUCGAGACGCGGCGCUGCAUCGAAGCUCGACUGCGACUUGAGACAGAGAACCAGAGACAGGAGAGACUGGUGUUAUCAGUGCUGCCACGUUUUGUAGUUUUGGAAAUGAUCAACGACAUGACAAAUGUAGAGGACGAACACCUCCAGCAUCAAUUCCACAGAAUCUACAUCCACCGUUACGAGAAUGUCAGCAUUCUUUUCGCAGAUGUUAAAGGCUUCACAAACCUCUCCACGACGCUGUCGGCGCAGGAGCUGGUGCGAAUGUUGAAUGAACUCUUUGCACGCUUUGACCGUCUCGCACAUGAGCACCACUGUCUACGAAUAAAGAUCCUGGGAGACUGUUACUACUGUGUGUCGGGUCUUCCUGAGCCCAGACCGGAUCACGCCCACUGCUGCGUGGAGAUGGGCCUCAGCAUGAUCAAAACCAUCAGAUAUGUGAGAUCACGGACAAAACAUGACAUUGACAUGCGAAUUGGGAUCCACUCGGGUUCGGUACUGUGUGGCGUGCUGGGACUCAGGAAGUGGCAGUUUGACGUCUGGUCCUGGGACGUGGACAUCGCCAACAAGCUGGAAUCUGGAGGCAUCCCUGGGAGGAUCCACAUCUCUAAAGCGGCUUUGGACUGUUUGAACGGUGACUAUGAGGUGGAGGAAGGCCACGGGAAGGACCGCAACGACUUCCUGCGGCGCCACAACAUCGAAACCUACCUGAUCAAGCAGCCCGAGGAGAGUAUGCUCACCCUGCCGGAAGACAUCAUGAAGGAGGCAGCCAGCUCAGCCGACCGCCGAGCCAGCAGUGCCACUUUCAACGAGGCCUCCUGGAGCCCUGAGCUCCCCUUCGACAACAUUGUGGGAAACCAGAAUACUCUGGCUGCCCUAACGAGAAAUUCGAUAAAUCUGCUUCCAAACCAUCUCGCACAAGCUUUGCAUGUCCACUCUGGUCCUGAGGAAAUUAACAAGCGAAUAGAGAGCGCCAUCGACUUACGGAGUGGCGAUAAGUUGAGAAGAGAGCAUAUCAAGCCUUUCUCACUGAUGUUUAAAGACUCCAGCCUGGAAGAGAAGUACUCGCAGAUGAGGGAUGAGGUUUUCAAAUCCAACCUGGUGUGCGCCUUCAUUGUCCUCAUCUUCAUCACAACCAUACAAAGCCUUCUUCCCUCUGCCAGAAUGGUAACCAUGGUGAUCCAGUUUUCAGUCCUCAUCAUCCUGCAUUCCUGCCUGGUCCUAGUUACAACGGCGGAGGAUUACAAGUGUCUGCCUCUGGUGCUGAGGAAAGCCUGCUGCUGGAUCAACGAGACCUACGCAGCACGAAACGUCAUCAUCUUCGUCUCCAUCCUCAUCAACUUCCUGGCAGCAAUGAUCAACAUACUGUGGUGCGACUUUGAUAAGUCCAACACCUUCAGGAACCAGACGUACAACGAGUCUGCCUCCAUCCCGGACAUCUGCUUCUACCCAGAGUAUUUUGUGUUCACGGGGGUCCUAGCGAUGGUGACCUGUGCCGUGUUCCUGCGGCUUAACUCUGUGCUGAAGCUGGCUGUGCUGCUGGUGAUGAUCGCCAUCUACGCGCUGCUGACUGAGGCUUUCUACACCUCACUGUUUGUUCGCUACGACACCGUCCACAACAACACUGAAAACUUCCUGGGAACCAAAGAGACGUCUUUACUCCUCAUGGCCAUGUUCGUCCUCGCUGUGUUUUACCACGGUCAGCAGCUGGAGUACACAGCACGGCUUGAUUUCCUGUGGCGUGUCCAGGCCAAAGAGGAGAUCAAUGAGAUGAAGGAGCUUCGAGAACACAACGAGAACAUGCUGAGGAAUAUCCUACCCAGCCACGUGGCCCGGCACUUCCUGGAGAAGGACCGGGACAAUGAGGAGCUGUAUUCGCAGUCGUACGAUGCCGUGGGUGUGAUGUUCGCCUCCAUCCCAGGCUUUGCUGACUUCUACUCCCAGACCGAGAUGAACAACCAGGGAGUUGAGUGCCUGCGGCUCCUCAAUGAAAUCAUCGCAGACUUUGACGAGCUGCUGGGUGAGGACCGUUUCCAGGACAUCGAGAAGAUCAAGACGAUUGGCAGCACCUACAUGGCCGUCUCUGGUUUAUCGCCUGAAAAACAGCAAUGUGAAGAUAAAUGGGGUCACCUGUGUGCACUGGCAGACUUCGCCAUCGCCCUCAAUGAGAGCAUCCAGGAGAUUAACAAGCACUCCUUCAACAACUUUGAGCUGAGGAUCGGUAUGGCUCACGGCUCCGUCGUCGCUGGUGUGAUCGGUGCCAAGAAGCCGCAGUACGACAUCUGGGGGAAGACGGUGAACCUGGCCAGCCGCAUGGACAGCACCGGCGUGAGUGGCAAGAUCCAGGUGCCCGAGGAGACCUACCUGAUCCUGAAAGAGCGCGGAUUUGCCUUCGAGUACCGAGGCGAGAUCUACGUGAAAGGCAUCAGCGAGCAGGAGGGCAAAAUCCGAACACACUUCUUGCUGGGCCGGGUGCAGCCCAACCCGCUCAUCCUGCAGCCGCGCAAAAUCACCGGCCAGUACUCGCUGGCGGCCGUGGUGCUCGGCCUGGUGCAGUCGCUCAAUCGGCAGAAGCAGAAGCAGAUUCUCAACGAGAACAACAACUCGGGCAUCAUGAAGGGCCACCACCACUACAACCGCAGGACGUUGUUAGCACACGGUGGCUCCGAGGUGGGAGGGGGCCAUCACGCUGAAGCCGCUGAUAAGACUGAGCUGUCCUGAAGAGCAGACCAGAGUUUUAGGUCCACACUGAUUUCUUAGGGGCAGAGCUGCUCUUCAGGCAGAAAUGAUCCCAGUGGUUGAGUUUAACCUCAGUGGGUAAAGUGAAGGAAAGCCCUUUUUGUAGCAUUCUCACAGAAAACAAAGGCUCUGCUGGUUUGGUGCAGUCUUAGCCUCCUUUUACUUUUCUUUUUCUAAAGCAGGUUUGUGUCCUUACACAAGGCUGAACUAAAGGACAACAACUCCUGAGCAGGAUUAACAACAGGCAUUCAUUUCCCUUGUAGAGCCAAACUCCAUUCCCAACACAAAAUAAAUAAAUACAUGGAACAGCAAUUGUUAGUUAGAUUUGAAAGGAAGAAAGACCAGUUUCAUUUGUUGCAAAGAUUCUCAGAGGAUUUGAUUUUAACAAAUUCCAAAUGUAAAAUCAUGUCAACAUUUUUGGGCCCAUUUCCCGAAAACUGCUUGCAAACACUAGUAGUAGCAUUUUCUUAAAGAUACAUUAGCAAAUCCUACAAAUCCUCAGCAAAUAAUCACAUAAAGACAGAAAGUCAGAAGUUUCCCAGAUACCAGACAUAUUUGGGUCAAAUCCAGGUUUCUUUUGGCACUCAUGGCUCUGUUUCAGCACUGGCAAGUGUUGUGUGGGCCACAAGUGGACCAGAUGUUUGUUGUUGGCCUGGACAUGGCUUACAGCUAAUAUUUGUAUUUUGUGGCCCAGGAGUGGGCCUAAUAUGGGAAGCCUUCCUUACAGCAGUUUCCUUGUGGGCCACGUGUGAUGGUCAUGUGGCUGAGUUUCGGCAGCAACACUCACAUUUAGUCAACGCCGUAAGUCAAGGCCAAAUUUGGGCCAAACAAUUUUUUGCUGUCUGUGAAUAAAUGGGACAGGAAAUCAUGUGUUCUUGAUGAUCCCAGCUUCUGCACUGCAUGAAGAUAAAUCAGGCCUGUUAGGUUGAAACAAGCUUAUUGGAGAAAUACUGAGCGUGUAAAGUGGAAUGGAAUAAAGUGCUAUCUUGGUCCACCAGCCCUACAUACUUUGAUGAACCAAAACAA